UCAAAUUCAAUUUCGUACUACUAGCUACAGGAUUAUUUGUUGUUGCUGAGGAGGUGAUAAAGCAACCCUAAGGUUUAGUAACUUAUGCAUUCGAGAAUAUUUAAAACAUUCUGGUAUUUUAAGCUGUUGUCAAAUGAAAAAUUAGCUAUCUAGUUAGCGUUAAUAGCAUAUAAACGAUAAGCACGCUAACUUCAAGACAAGUGGAAAGCAGCAUGUAAUGAGAAACAUUAUGCGCAUAGUAGGCAUAGCCAUCAUAGGUAUUUCAUUUUGAAGCAAAGCUCUGAAGAGACAACGCCUUAAUAACUCAAGAAGCAGUGCUGACAGAGUCAACCAUCUUGGUCCCCACCGUGUCCAAUGGAGGGUGGAGGAAGUGAAGGAGGAGGGGAAGAGGAGAGGAGGGGAACCCCGCCACAGGAGGAGGCGAUGAACAGCCAGGUGGUGCUGACGAGGCAGCAGAGGACUCUGGGGUUACUGUGCUACCUGUGCAGGAGGGUGGAUCUGCAGAGCAUGCUGAGGCGGGGGCUGAUGACCCAGUGUCACAGUCAGGAGACAGUGGUACAGGCGCAGCCUUCAACCCCACCAGCAACUCAGUUAACGGAACGAUGCCCUUGCCACCUCACCCCUCAUUGCACCUCUCACUCCCCCUCUCUGACAGCGAUGGGGACGAGUUACGCAGGGUGGCGGAAGAGGAUGAUGAUGAAGAUGAGCUAAUCGUGCUGGACCCUGAACACCCGCUGAUGAAAAGGUUCCAGACUGCACAGAAAAACCACCAGAAAAGCAACCGGAGAGACUCAACAUGGAGUUGCGAGAGAAGAUGGCUAUUUAGAUGUCUGAUAGCGAGGCGGCAGCGCAGACAGGCCCAGGAUCAGCUAGAGGGGGUCCGAAGCCAGUACCGCACCAGUCAGGCCGGCAAGCAGAGGUCACACGUGUCCCAGCUGCAGAGUGAGGUAGCGAACCUGGCACUGCGUCUGUUCUACAUGCAGGAGGUUAACACCGACCUGCACUCUGACAUCACGGCCAUGAAGAACGCCUCGCGCAAGGCCCACUCCGAGAAGACCCAGGCAGAGAAGCAGAAACACAAACAGGACUUGUAUGUGGAGCGGUUGACCAAAAACAUGGAGCGUCUGACGGAGCAGCUCUGUAUGAAGUCCAGACCAUCGCCCAGUCUGAGGAGGCCCAGGCAGCCACGGAGGCCCUCUUUGAGGGUACACCACUGUCCACUCCGGGCCCAGAUGGAGAUGGACUCUUUGGAGAUGGGGAGGAAGCAGCUGCUGCCGCAGUGGAACAGCAUCCUGGUGGGCAUGAGGAGACGAGACGAUGCCUACACCGCAAUGCUGGAGGCUCUAUGCACAGCCACCCACCAGGUCCGCUCCUUAGACACAGAGAUCGAGGGCUUCAAGAAGUCCAUCACGUGGGAGGAGGAGCGCAAUGAGCCGCUGACAGUACUACUGAACCGGACCCAGCUGGACAGCGCCACCUCCAGGAAGCUGAUCUCCCACAGCCAGCAGGAGGCGCUGCAGGCCCAGUACAGCAUCUACACGCGGACCCUGCAGGAGACCGAGCAGACACUGCAACGCGUCAACACAGAGUGUGCGGUGCACCAGAUGGAGGUGUCCUCCCUGAGGAAGCAGACAGAGAAGGAGUGGGAGCGGCGCAUCGAGCUGGAGGUCGGCAUCAUGUCCAAGAUGCAGGAGCAUCUCACCCACGACAAGGCCACCAAGUACUCCCGACGCCGCACCGACAGGACGGCCGCCCACAAGAGGGAGAAGGUGAGCAUUGGUCGCCCCGAACUGCUCAGCGCCAGCGAGGCCAGGAUCAACAAGCGCGUCACCGUCAUCGAUUGCAAGCAGGCCACCAUUAACGUUUACAACAAGAAGAUUGAGCAGCUCAUCGCCAGCACUGGGCACGAGGACCUGGGCCUGUUGGAGAUCCAGGCCAAUACUUUGACCAAGCAGCUGGAAGGGGUGGGAGGAGAGAUCAAGGAGCAGCAGCAGCUCUGGCUGCGGCAGCAGGGGGAACUAGUGAGACUGACCCAGGAGAAACAGGCCCGGAGCACCGCCCUGCUCACACUGCAGACUCAAUUCACCAUCCUACAGCAGAGGAAAGUCCGCACCGAGUGUACGGAGGCAGAGAGAGACUCCAAUGAGAUGCAGAUGAAGCUAGAGAGGAUCCAGGAGGAGAAGGACAGGCUGUUCAACAGUCUGGUGGAGUCAGAGUCAAACAUGGUUGGCGUGUUGGUGGCUCAAGCGGAGGAGUGUGACGGGGUCCUCAGAGAGCUGCAGCAGGACCAGGCCAGUCUGAGCAGCAGUCUGAGGGACAAACAGCUGCAGCUGGGAGAGCUCCAUAGAGCCAAAAUUGUCCUCACCUCAGACUUCUACUGUCUGCAGGACACGAAGGAGAGGAACCUGGCCCAUCUGGUCUCCUUCCAGGGCCGGGCAAAGCAGCUGCAAGCGGUGCAUGAGGGUCGCUACAGCGACCCUGUCCACCGGCGAAGCUUUGUAGCCUGCGCUGCAGGAGGAGCGUCUGCACGCUGUGGCCACCAUCCUGCACCAUGUCCAGCAGGAGUUCCCCCAGCACCAAGGGGCGCUACGACGCCUCUCCCUAGCCCUGGCCGCGCGCUUGCUGACACCGCUUGGUCAGGAGACCCACUGACUAUUACAUGA